CCGUCUACUUCAAAUCAGCAUGGCUCCUUUGGGGAUUGUGCUCUCCAGUGUCCGUAGGCUGCACUGCAGCGCAGCGGCUUGGGCAGGCGGCCAGUGGCGACUCCAACAGGGCCUGGCUGCCAACCCCUCCGGCUAUGGGCCCCUCACGGAGCUACCAGACUGGUCGUACGCAGAUGGCCGCCCUGCUCCCCCAAUGAAAGGCCAGCUUCGAAGAAAAGCCCAAAGGGAGCAGUUUGCAGUAAGUAGCUAGUUCCCCAGCCUGGGCUACCUGUAUG